AUGCAGAAUACGUUUCAACAGCUUACUUCAUAUUCUUCUGAACCUCCACACCCUGGCAUCGCUGACGAAGGUAAGUAUAGACGUUGGUUAAGAAAAAUAUAUCUUGAUUAUAAGAAGUCAAAAUCAACAGCACUUCCGGCUUAUUUUGUUAGAGCUGUUCGGGCUAAACAUAGGCGGAAGUUAAGAAAAGUAUACCUUGAUAGUAAGAGAUCAAGGAUUAGUAGAAAUUUGAUUUCUAAAAGUGGAUGCUCAACCUCUUCAUCAUCAACACGUUUUAUUUUGAACAACAAAGAGAAUUUAACUCCCAAUUUUUCAAUACCAACAUUUACUACCCAAUCAUCAACUCUUAUACCGACACGUAAUCAUUUAGAUUCCUUGGUUAACGUAACAUCUUCAAAUUUUACACCUUCUACAAUGAGGAAGGAAGGAAAUGUACUACAAGAUAAGUAUACAACACCCAACCGUACACCCUUUGCAAAUAUAGAAAACAUAACACCAGGAAAUAAUUCUAAAUCUUCGAGAAACGUACCUUUAUCAUCGGGGCCAAUUUCAAGUAAAAAUAUGAGGACAAAUGUUUUGCAUCAUUCUUCAACAUCAGGACGACGUAUGAUGCUGUCAAACAAGGAAAACAUUACACCACUGUCGUGUAUUACAAACAUACGUACGCAAGUUCCCAGUGUACCAUAUUGUUCUAAUGCUAUGUCUUCUUUGACUCCUAUAUCACACGAUAAUAUUGCAACCUCAUCAACUUUACCAUUGAAUGACCGCUACUCUUUUAAUCCUCCAAUAACAAAUAAACGUAACACAAGAUGUCCGAUAUCCGAAAUUACCUCGCUAAAAAAGAUUUCUUCUGGAAAGCGUAGACUUAUUCAUAAACCAAUUGAAAUAGAAGCCAUACCAAUGGCUCCUCUUGAAUCUGAUGAUGAAAAUCAUAUUCACGAGAUUGUUGCAGACGCCACCAAAGGCGUAUCCAAAGAUUACGUUGACCAUGGUGACCAAUCACUUACGUGUGGUUUAUGCUUUGCAAAGUUAUGGGCUACCGAAGGUGGAAAGGGUCGCAUUACACUUCAAAAACAAACAUAUAGCUUAUGUUGUGGAUAUGAUCAAGAAAGCAAGUUUUUCUUAAAGAAUAUAAGACGUUACAAUUCUAUGUUUUCCUUUACUUCAAUGGGAGGAAAAGUCGAUACUAAAAUAAACAAAGGAAAUGCUCCAUAUGUUUAUAGAAUCAGUGGUCAGAAUGCACAUAGUAUGGGUAGUCUUCUUCCUAAGGAGGGUGCCCAGCCAAAAUUCUCACAACUUUAUAUCUAUGAUACUGAGAACGAGCUUGCUAAUAGAGAGUUGCUAUUUGGUGAUUCUACAAGCAAAGCAUCUUUAAGGGCAAAGGAACUUGAUGCUAAAUUUAUAAAGUUUCUUACCAACAUGUUAGAUUCUACGAAUAUGCUGGUUAAAACUUACAGAAUGGUACGCGACCACCUGCACGACAAUCCUAACGUUUCCCUUAAGCUUAGGUUAAUCUCACAGAGAGAUCGUGACGGAAGGACAUACAACUUACCUACGUGUUCCGAAGUUGCUGCUUUAAUAGUUGAUGAACCUAAUCUCAAGAUAGAAAGUCGUGAUAUUAUUGUUGAAAAGCGUUCAGGAGUCCUUAAGCGUAUUAGCGAGUUACAUCCUUCUUACCUUGCUCUCCAGUAUCCGAUUCUUUUUCCGUACGGAGACGAUGGCUAUAGGAUUAAUAUUCCUCAUAGGGAAUUUGGUCCUAACACAAAAAAGACAAGACCAACUUGCACUAUGAGGGAGUUUUUUGCUUAUAGAAUUCAAGAUAGACAUAACAAGUUUUCUCUAAUUCUUAAUGCAAGAAGGUUGUUUCAGCAGUUUUUAGUUGAUGCCUACACAAUGAUUGAAAGUGGGAGACUCAACUUCAUACGUUUUCAGCAAAUCAAACUGAGAUCUGACUCACUUAACAGUCUUAAAAAUGUUCAAGAGGUUGGUCAGAGUGAUUUGAGUCAUACCGGACAACCUGUUAUAUUACCGUCAUCGUUUACUGGUGGUUCUCGAUACAUGAUGCAAAACUAUUUGGAUGCUAUGGCGUUAUGUCGGAAUUAUGGGUAUCCUGAUUUCUUUAUCACUAUCACAUGUAAUCCGAAAUGGCCUGAAAUUGUUAGAUUUAUCGGUGACUCGUCAAUUAAGCCAGAAGACAGACCUGACAUACUUUGUCGAUUGUUUAAGAUGAAACUCGAUGAAUUGAUAACUGAUUUGAAGCAAAAAAAAAUUUUUGGUGAUAUUAAUGCAGUUGUUUACACAGUUGAGUUUCAAAAGCGUGGAUUGCCACAUGCACACAUUUGCUUAUUUAUGAAAGCUGAUCAUAAGCUUCCUACGGUUGAACACAUUGAUCCAUUUAUCUCAGCUGAAAUUCCGGAUAAAAACGAGGAUCCUGAGUUGUAUUCUCUUGUGAGUGACUUUAUGAUUCAUGGUCCUUGUGGACAUGCCAACAAGAAAUGUCCAUGCAUGGUUGGGAACCGUUGUUCUAAGAAUUUUCCAAAGAAGUUUUUGGAAUCCACUUCCAUUGAUUCUGAUGGAUUUCCCGUUUAUAGGAGAAGAGAUUCUGGUCACACGGUUGUGAAGAAGGGUGUUACUUUGGACAAUAGGAGCGUAGUUCCAUACAACAAAAAGCUUCUAAAAAGGUAUCAGGCGCACAUCAACGUCGAGUGGUGCAAUCAGGCGGGUUCAAUUAAGUAUUUGUUUAAAUAUAUUAAUAAAGGACCUGAUCGAGCCACGGUAGCUGUUUUUGAUUCAGACAGAGGUCCAGAUGAGGAGAUCCCAAAAGAUGAAAUUAAAGAAUAUUACGAAGCUAGAUAUGUUUCCGCAUGUGAAGCAAGCUGGAGAAUAUUUGCCAACGAGGUUCAUUAUAGGUAUCCUUCUGUCAUGAGAUUACCUUUUCAUCUACCAGGACAACAAAAUGUUGUAUUUAGUUGUGACGACGAUAUUGAGGAUGUCUUACACAAACCUCAAGUAAAUUCUUCGAUUUUCUUAGAAUGGAUGAAGAUGAACAAUUCUAAGCCUGAAGCAAGACAACUUACAUAUGUUCAGUUUCCUUCAAAAUAUGUGUGGAAGUUAAAAGAUCGUUGCUGGCAGCCACGUCAAAAUUAUGUUGUUAUUGGGAGAAUAUAUUCUGCGUCUCCUUCUCUUGGUGAGGCUUAUUAUCUAAGAAUUCUUCUUACCAAGGUUAAAGGACCAAGAUCAUUUGAAGAAAUCAGAACAUAUGAAGGUGUUGUUUAUCCUACUUUUAGGGAUGCGUGUUAUGCACGUGGCCUGUUAGAUGAUGACAAUGAAUAUAUCGAGUGUAUUAAAGAAUCCAGUUUCACUGGUAACGCUCAUUAUCUUCGUUCUUUGUUUGGAACACUACUUUUGUCUAAUACUCUUUCAAGACCUGAAGUUGUUUGGGAGAAAACGUGGGAGCUAAUGUCCGAGGACAUUUUAUACAAUAUGCGUAAAGAUAGUGGCAUGAGCGGAUUCGUUGUAUCAGAUGAACGUUUAAAGAAUAUAACAUUGACCAAGAUCGAAAAAUUUCUUCUUCGUAAUGGAUCCAGCUUGCACAGGUUCUCAACGAUGCCUUAUCCUGAUGAUGACUAUCUAAUGACCGAGAGCAACCGUUUGAUAAACGAGGAGCUUUCGUUUGACAUUGAUGAACUUAGGGGUGAGUUCAAUAAUCUGCACAGCUCUCUAAACGAAGAUCAAAGAGCAGUGUAUAAUGAAAUUAUGCAUGCUGUUAGAAGUGGAAAGGGGGGUGUGUUUUUUGUGUACGGUUAUGGUGGUACGGGCAAGACUUUUUUGUGGAAAACUUUAGGUGCAUCCAUUAGAUCCACUGGACAGAUUGUUAUUAAUGUUGCUUCAAGUGGUAUUGCAUCUUUGUUGCUAUCACGAGGUCGUACUGCCCAUUCACGAUUUCAUAUUCCUAUUAAUCUCAACGAAGAUUCGGUCUGCCAUAUCAAGCCUAAUACUGAAGUCGCUAAUCUUCUAAACCAAGCCAAGUUGAUUAUUUGGGAUGAGGCACCGAUGGUACACAAACAUGCUUUUGAGGCUCUUGAUCGUACAAUGAAGGAUGUUUUGAGUGUAUUUGAUUCACGAAAUUCAGAACUUCCAUUUGGUGGAAAAGCUAUUGUCUUUGGUGGUGACUUUAGACAAAUCCUACCGGUUGUACAAAAUGGAAGCAGGCAAGAUAUUGUAAACGCAUCUUUAUGUUCAUCCCAUAUCUGGUCCCAUUGCAAGGAUAUUAAUGAUCCGUUACAUCAAGAUUUAUAUAAUCCAGAUGUGUUAAAUAGUGUGAAAGUUUCUGGAUUACCAAAUCAUAGAUUGGUAUUGAAAUUGGGUGUUCCGGUAAUGCUUUUGAGGAAUAUUGACCAGCAAAACGGUUUGUGCAAUGGUACGCGUCUUCAAAUCACACGUCUUGGUAAACGUGUUAUCGAGGCUGAGAUAUUAUCUGGAAGUAAUGUCGGUUCAAGAACUUACAUCCCAAGAAUUAGCAUGAUACCAUCUGACAAAAAAAUACCCUUCAAGUUUCAACGAAGGCAGUUUCCAAUAACCGUAUGUUUUGCGAUGACUAUUAACAAAAGUCAAGGACAAUCUCUAUCCAGAGUUGGUCUAUACCUUAGAGAUCCCGUGUUCUCACAUGGUCAGCUUUAUGUUGCUUUGUCGAGAGUAAAGACUAAGGAUGGCGUUAAGGUUCUAAUAUUCGACAAAGAUGGGAGACCAACAAACAAAACUGCAAACGUUGUUUACAAAGAAGUUUUUGGGAAAUUGUAG